AUGGCACUCUGGGCUCGACUGCGCGCUCGCUAUUCACUCAAUAGUGACGUGAGUCGGGUCCGUCGGACGUUCACUCGAAGCGGCGUCGCCCGGUGCAAUGUUAGGCGGUGGCGAGUUAGACGAGUCAAUGCAGACGAUGCGACACUUGGAUUUGCCGUUUCCGAACUUCGAGCUCCGUCUGCGGCGAAGCGCUUUGAUAAACUGCUCUCGUUUGCACAAUCCACGUUGAUAAGAUACGUUAGUAUUUGA